GACCCCCGACAGAUCGAUUGAUCAUGGCGAGCAUGAGAACAACGAUCCUGAUCCUCCUCCCUCCCGUCUCCGUCCUCCUCGUCAUCGCUGCGCGGCGCCUCGGCCGCGUCGCGGCGCGCAACCUGAGCGCGUUGGCGCGCGCCCAGUUCUCGUGCCCUCCGGCGGGGGGCUCGUCGUUCCGGUACCUCUCCGUGGAGAGCAAACGCGCCACCCGCGAGCUGCCGGUGUCGCUGUACAAGAGGAGGCGCCCCACCUGCUGCGGCGGCGGCGGCGGCGAGGAGGAGGAGGAGGAGCUGCAGGGGGUGGAGUGCGUGUUCUGCCUGAGCGGCAUCGAGGAGGGCGAGGAGAUCAGGGAGCUCGAGUGCCGGCACCUCUUCCACCGGGGCUGCCUCGACCGGUGGCUGCUGGCCCGGCCGCUCGCGACGUGCCCGCUCUGCCGCUGCCGCCUCCUGACGUCGUUCACGCAGGCGCCGUGGGAGGAGGACUACGCCGACGAGGAGGAGGACUCGGACAUGAUGCUGUUCAUGGCGUGCGUGCAUGGUCGCAACAGCUGGUUCUGGCCGUCAUGAUCAUCAGCCAUCCGAUGCAUGAACCGCACGUGCCGGCGACACAAGUUCUUCGUGCAACUUGUUAUUCUCUUUCUUAUUAUUUUUUCGCUCUGAGAAUUGAAGGAGGACCAGUUCUUUUGUUCUCUUUUUUUCCCUUUUUUGUUCG